UGUCAUCCGCUCCGCACUUCCACCGGCGUCUAUAGAAGAGGCCCGCAGUCGACCGUUGAGCCAUCUUUUUAAUUUUAACGGUCGCAAUCGCCUUCUUCCAGUUUUACGUUCUGAAAGAUCCAAAACCCUAGUUUCCUCUUCUUCUUUGAUGGGGACGCAGAAAAGCUCUUCCGAUCGUCAAAAAUGGAAGAAAAUUUUCAACGCUCUCGUGCACAUGUUACAGACACAACAAACCCAGCUCGAAUCUCUCGCCAAAGAGAGAAAACUUCUCGAAGAUCGGAUAAAAUUGCAGCACGAACGGUGGAUAUCGGAUGUGAAUCUGUGCAAAGACCACGUCUCUCAGAUGAAGAGAGAUCUUACAGUUGAAGUGAUGACACGUAACUUUGAGGGAGCGAAGUCGGAUCUGGUGGUGGGUCUGAAGCGCAGAGAGGCUUUUAUUUACAAAGUUAAGCUAGAUGAUGCAGUCAGUGAACUGGAGGAUUUUAGACUAUGGUUUGACUACCUUUCUCAUAAAUGCUCUGAGAAUAAAAAUAAAGAGAACAGUUCUGAGAUGUUGGCUCUCUUGUCGGAGAGGAACUUUGUUUGGAACCAGUAUAAAGAGAGGGAAACUGACCUCACUAAUCGGUUGAAAAGUAAAAGUGCUGAAGUUGAACAAGCAAACAGUAAAGUACAAAUACUUCUCUCUAGCAUGGAGCAAUUACGCUCAUCCAACAGUGAGAAGGAUGAUAUGAUACUAAAAUUGAAGGCCAACAUGGCUGAGAUUGAAGCCUCCUCAGCAAAAAAGAAUGAAGAAAUUUCUAGACUUGCCAGAGAACUGGAGUCACUAAGAAAGGCCAGAAGUGAUUCUGUUACUCCUGUAUUACGGCAUUGCUCAGCAGGAUCUCGCUUGGGAGACAAGAAUAGGGGCACUGAUUCGUCAAAUAUCAUUCCAAAGAAAGGAACGCAUCCUUCACGAUUUGAGAAGGGAUCCCGCAGUUCAAAAAGAAAGGCGGAUGAUGGCAUCCUGCUUCCAGAGGCUCCAAGAUUGUUCACGUCCUCCUUCAAAGUUCCAAAACUGAAGAACUCAUCUCCUCGUGUAAUUUGACCCUAAACACCAUUGUUUCUUUGUACCUUUCCUUCUGUCUCUCUGUUUAUUACCUUUCAAUUUAAUUAGGGCAGCUAUAGAUAUGUGUGUGUACAUGUUGGUGUUG